AUGGCUUGGGAUUUAUCGGUCGAUGAUCUUUCGGAUGAGUCGAGCUUUUAUGGCGAUGACGACCACGACGCCGAGGAGGUCAAGCGGUUAGAACAUCUAGUUACGAGUUACGAUAUCGGCUAUUACUGGAACAGGAUCCAUCCAUACUCUUUGAACACUAUUCGCCGGAAAGCGUUGAGCGCGAGGCGGAAGGCAAACGAAGAAACACAAGCAAGGAGCGAGAAAGCAGCCGAGAUGAACUGGGGUACUAGUAUUAAGGCGGAAGACGGGGACGAUGGCGCCGCGCCGCCUCGGUGUUACAGCUCCCCACAACCAAACGCUCUAAAUCGUACAACCGAAACGAAGAAUGAAGAGGCGGACGGCGACACGGUUAUGACGGAUGUCUCUGCCUCCUCGAAGCGCAACCGCGUGAAAUGCACAGCCUCGAGCGUAGCAGCUACGGGGCUGACGCCAUCCAGUACCCCCGCUGAUGCGGUGGGGCCGUGGAUCUAUGUCGCAGCACCUCAGCAGCCCAAAAGACCGCAGCAGGCGGAUAUCGCGAGACUCGUGGCGGACGGGACGCGGGCACUGCAUCGGUUCGAGAAUGACAGGGCCGCGUUGCAGGUGCAGCGGGACAGGGCCCCGGCGGGUUCGAAGCAGGCGGCAACGCGGGCGUUGCACCGUCGGCGGCAGGAGCUGGAGAACGAGCUGUUCGUGCUCGCGAGGCAGACGGGCGUCGUGUCCGGGAAGUGGAUGCUGUUUAUCACGGCGGAUCGGGUCGAUGAGUAUUGGACAGUGGUGGCCGAGGCGACCGUGCGCGGAGAGCUGGGAUUCGGAGCCAAGGUAGCAACGGAUGAUGGACAGGCGAGGGCGCGACUGAUCGCAAUCUAUACCCACGAUCAUGAGGACUGCGAGGACGUGGCUCGGGUGCUGCGGAGAAUGGUAGAGUUGGAGCUUGUCAAGGCCAAUGAGAAGCCCAUAUACUAUAAGUGUGAUGCGUUCACCCAUCUGGAGAUCAUGGGGAACAAUCCGUGGGGAUUGAAGGCGAGUCGGUUCUCGAGUCGAGACGUGUUGCGGGAUGAGUUGUGA